AAGUGCUGGAUGACCAUAACCAGUUCUGACCCUUGUGCAAGGACAAUGCUGACACUGAAAGCUUGCUGCUCUAGAAACUGGUUGCAACACUCCAAACUUCUGUUCAGAGCCAUGAGUGGUGGUGCAGACUUGCUCAUAAACGAGCCUAAGUACAGUUGGCUGAAAGAGCUGGGCCUGCAAGCUGAAAACCCUGGAGUCUUUGAUGGGACAUGGCACGCCAAUGGACCGAUGGUGACGUCCAUUUGCCCUGCUAAUGCAAGGCCCAUAGCUCGUGUUCAAGAGGGCUCAAUUGACGAGUACAAUGCUGCUGUGGACAAAGGCAACGAAGCGUGGAAAACUUGGAGAGAGAUUCCGGCCCCCCAGAGAGGUGAGGUGGUGAGACAGAUUGGAGAUGCUCUGCGUCAGAAGAAGAAGCUCCUUGGCGACUUGCUCUCCCUGGAGGUGGGCAAGAUUGCCGUGGAGGGUGCUGGGGAGGUUCAAGAGUACAUUGACAUGUGUGAUUAUGCCGUGGGGCUCUCUAGAAUGCUCGGGGGGAGGGUGUUCCCAUCAGAGAGACCUGGUCAUAGUCUAAUGGAGAUGUGGAAUCCAGUAGGCAUUGCUGGAGUCAUCACGGCCUUCAAUUUCCCCGUGGCAGUGUUUGGAUGGAAUCAGUGUCUUGCCCUCGUCUGUGGGGACUGUGUUCUUUGGAAGGGCGCCCCCUCCACCCCUCUUGUGUCAGUGGCCAUCACUAAGAUCGUACAGAGUGUUCUGUCGACCAACUCCCUACCCCCUGCGAUAUGCACCACUGUGUGUGGGGGGUCUGAGAUCGGACGAGCAAUGUCAGUGGACAAGAGAGUCCCUCUGGUCUCAUUCACAGGAAGUACCAAGGUUGGGCAACAAGUGGGCGUGGCAAUACAGCAACGGUUUGGCAAGCACAUCCUAGAGUUGGGUGGCAACAAUGCGAUCGUGGUGAACGAAGAUGCUGACAUUGAGAUGGUGGUGAGGUCUGUACUCUUUGCCAGCGUGGGUACCACUGGACAACGCUGCACCACCACUAGGAGGCUGAUACUUCACGAGAGUGUCCAUGAUGUCAUAGUGGAGAGACUGAAGAAAGCGUAUGCUCAAGUGCCCAUUGGUGAUCCCCUCGAUGAUGGUGUGCUCUACGGGCCUGUACACACGGAGAGAUCUGUGACAAUGUUUGAAGAGGCUGUGCAGGAAGCUCAGAAACAAGGAGGCACUAUCGUCUAUGGUGGGAAGCGUAUCGACAGAGAAGGGUUCUAUGUGGAGCCUACCAUUGUGACUGGACUAGCUCAUGAUGCUGAUAUUGUGCAGAAAGAGACUUUUGUUCCCAUUCUCUACGUGCUCAAGUUCAAGGAUUUCGAGGAAGCUAUCUCCUGGAACAAUGAGGUGGAGCAGGGUCUAACAAGCAGUGUCUUCACUGGCAGUCUAGACAAAGUGUUCAAGUGGCUGGGACCCAGUGGCUCAGACUGUGGCAUCGUUAACGUCAAUAUCCCCACGAGUGGGGCGGAGAUUGGAGGGGCCUUCGGAGGGGAGAAGGCCACAGGGGGUGGGCGGGAGUCUGGGAGUGAUGCGUGGAAGGGCUAUAUGAGACGCUCCACAUGCACUAUCAACUACAGCAAAGAGCUACCAUUAGCACAAGGGCUUAAAUUUGAAUAGACUCUUGAACCUUAAUUUGACUAUGGUUAAUUGUUAUUGAAUGAUAUUUGUUUUUCUGAA